AUGUUAGUUACGGACAAUGUAUAGAGUCUGUAUGUGAGAGAGGUUGCUGUGGAAGUUCGUGUUGUUUAUCAACACAGCAGAUUAUCAGUAUAGUGUUUGGGUGUAUAUCAAUGAUAGGUCUAAUAAUCACUUUAAUAUGUUGUAUUAAAAACUGUCAAGCCAAGAAGACAGCUCGAACACAGCCCUAUCCAGAUGAAAGACAUGACCAGUACAAUAGAGGCAAUAUGAACAGAGGAAAUCCCAAUCAACCAUAUUAUAAUGAUCGUCGAGCACCCCCUCCUUCUUAUGAUCAAAUCUAUCCUCCUCGUUCACAACCGGGUUAUUAUUAA